AUGAAUUACGGUCAUCAGCACUCGAAUGGCGGCUACCAUCCCAUGCCGCCUGGUCAUCCAGCGAACCAGAUUCCCCAGCUUCCUCCCAUGGGAUAUCCAGCACCGGCUCCUUUGCCAUCCAAUAUGCCGCCCAACGGAAUGACUAUGCAGCAUCAACAUCAACACCAACACCACCAACCGCCUCCACCUGCUCCAGCCCAGGCCCCUAUGCCAGCCUCCAUUUCAAAAACGGACGAUCUGGGCAGGAAAUAUGAGCUCGUCGUUGUGCAGCAGCCUCAGCGAGCGCGAAUGUGCGGGUUUGGUGACAAGGACCGCCGGCCGAUUACGCCUCCUCCCUGCAUCAAAGUCGUUGUGCGAGAUGCGAAAACUGGCCAAGAGAUAAACCCAAACGAUAUCGAUUCCGCCCACUACAUCAUUCAGGUUGACUUGUGGUCAGAAGACGGCACUCAAGAGGUGAACCUCGUUCGCCACUCCUCCAACACGGCUUCUAUAUCGACCACGCAGCCCUACUCGUAUACGGCAUUGCGGGAGGACCCCUUGAACCCACCGCCAGCGCAGCCUUACCAAGAUAUGCAGCCGUACGGAUCAGCACCCAUGGGAUACGGGCAACAACCGCCGCCGCCCCAGCCCCAGCAGCACAUGAUGCCAGGCUACGGCAUGGCGGCUGGAUCAAACUAUCCCCAAUACCAAUCGACGAAUUCUCGGUUUACGCCGGCAACCCAGUACUAUCCGCAACACGCCAACCCAGGCCCCGUGCCCUCGCAGGCGGAUUUGGCGUACGGUCAUCGGCAAUCGCUAUCCAUGGCCGCGAGCCAACCCCAAGGAAUGUUCACGCGAAACAUCAUUGGAAGCGUUAGCUCCAGUGCCUUUCGCCUUAAUGAUGUGGACGAUCAAGUUGGAGUCUGGUUCAUCAUGCAGGACCUGAGCGUGAGGACCGAAGGUCAUUUUAGGUUGCGCUUCUCAUUCGUCAAUAUUGCGAAGCCUCCAGGCGCGACCAACCCGAACGGAUCGAUGGUGAACCAGCACAAGGCGCCGAUUCUCGCUGCGACUUUCAGCGACGCUUUCCAGGUUUACUCGGCGAAGAAGUUCCCUGGAGUUUGCGAGAGCACCCCCUUGAGUAAGUGUUUCGCAACACAGGGCAUCAAGAUUCCAAUCAGGAAGGAGGGUGCCGCCGACGGGAAGAAAGGCGGUGACGAUGACGAUGAGGCAUAUCAGUAG